CAGAACCAGCAGGGACCAGGGAGACGCUGAUCUGACACUGCAGCACAGAUUUCUGAAAUGGAGAACGUUUCACAAAGCCCCUGGCCUCUCAAUGGAUCCUCCGGGCUCCCCUCUUCCAGUCGUGUUGAGGGCUACACCAAGGUCAUCGUGUCCACCUCCUUGGCGCUCAUCGUGUGCGUUGGCACGAUGGGAAACCUCCUUCUCCUCCUGGUUUUAAUAGACAGUAAGAGACGGCGUCUCGGCCCCAUCAACAAUCUGACCAACAUGUUCAUCAUUAACAUCACGGUGUCGGAUCUCUUCCUUCUCCUCUACAACAUCCCCGUGGCGUUUUUCAAGAAGGUCUUUGCGGGCUGGCGCUGGGGCGCUGUGGUGUGCGUCUCCCAUUCGGCGCUCACCACCCUCACCAUAUUCAGUAGUUUCUACAGCAUGGUGGCUAUCGCCGUCCUCCGGUUCAUCGCGGUGGUCUAUCCCAUGCACUCGCUGGCCCUCACGCAAAAACACGGCUUUGUAAUGAUUCUCAUUUGGGGGGCCGCGUUCGUUAUAAGCAUCCCUUUGUGGAUGUGCCACAAAUUAGUCGAUAGAGACGGUGCAGAAACCUGCGUGACCACCAUGGAGCCGCGCCAGUGGUUACUUUCUCUAACUUUAAUAGGCGGUAUCGGCUUUUUCCCACCUAUGCUUCUCAUGAUCAUGUUGUACACCAAAAUUAUCUACUCGCUGUGGCACAGAGAGGCCGUGACAGCCAACGUGACGCUCCAGAUGAACAGAAACGCCACCGUUAUGAUUCUAACAGUCCUGGUGGUUUUUGUGGUCAUGUGGAUCCCUUGCUGGGUGAUUGUAUUUUGUUUGGCAGCUCAGCGGUUGUCUCACUUCGAGUCUUCAUUUCUAAUCAACGACCUCGCUAUGCUGCUUUCUUACUCAAACACCUGUGUGAAUCCGAUCAUUUUUUUCUCGCUCUCUGACCAGUACAAGCAGGCGCUUAAGAGAAUGCUCAAAAGGUGCCGAAGAAAAAACGCGCCGCCUCCCCAAAAAUUCAAUUGCAUUGCGACGCCAGAACGCGGCGCGCUGUCAAAACUGUGAAAGGCUACAUUAAAAAUCGACUCACCUGAGUGAAAAACCGCGACUUUAAAAAGUAUAUAAUAACAACAUUGAAUUAAAACAUUGGAGAUUUAUAAAUAAUCAUACAAACGGCUGUGUUCCUCACACGAACUUAAAAGGCUAAACUUGGCUGGUGGCACUUCCAAGAUAAUAAAUAAAUUAAUAAAGAACCAUGGUCCAGGAAGUCAAACAGAAAAUGAAUUAUUAAACGCAUAAAAUGAGAAUUAUUAAAAGAAGUAAUCUAUAUGUUUCUUUGUUUUAUAUAAUACAUUACUGUGCGUCAACUUGCUGAGCACACGGCUACAGUUUUGUGCGUCAAAAAAGUGACUACCAAAUAGAAAAGCCGUUUAACAAUUAAAAAAAUGAAGUCUUUCCCGGGACGUCCGGUAACUCCAUACAUUGACAUGACAGCGUGAAUAUUUAGAACAUAUUUUAUUGGAAAUAUCCCAACAUAAAUUCCAUGCAAUUCCAGCUCAGUAGAAAAGCACCAGACUUCAUUACAAUUAAUACUGUACAAUAAGCAGAAUAACUUAAUAGCAUAAUAAACCCUGCUUUUUAAAAGGAAAGAAACAUUUUGUAAAAUAUCUGGAAUUCCAAAUGCUCUUUUUCCAAUAAAAUCAUUCAAAGUGUCUUCAGGAAAACUUGAUUAUUCUAACGAAAACAUACAAAAAACAGUGCCCUGUUCAGUAAAUGAUAGUCCAAAUCAGAUUAUUAUAAUCACAUUAAAUAUAUAUAUAUAUUUUUUAAAUGCAAGCUAUUUUAUUAUUUCAAUUUACAUUUAUUUUUGUGACUAAAUCUCCAAUAAAGGGGUUAGGUUUUAUCACCGAAACUCAUUUCCCUUUUCACCCAAGCUGGAUUUGAACCCAGGUCUCCAGAGGUGAAAAACAUAGAAUUCACCCUCUAAAUGCAGGACCUGAAAAGAACAAAUAUUAUGAGCAAAAGAAACCAAGAUAUUAAACACAUUGUUAUAUCCAUAUCGAUCUGAGCCCAGUGUUGCCUACACACACCCGUUAGUGUCAUUUACUCACUGAAAUGGACAGUUACUGCCCAAGCGUUUAUCAGGUAGCCUUUACUAAAGGAAAGGAAGCCCACACCCUCACACUGCAGAUAACAGACACCUGCUGAAUGGACACGUCUGAACCCACUCAAGCUCAGAGUGGUCAACAACACAACUCUUCAUGGGUAGCUGCUGUGAAUUCUCGUUUAGAUAUUGGUUUGUAUCGUAGCCUAUACGAUAUUCUAUAUAUUAGCAUCGUAUGUAAUGCAGUUUUUUUUCUAUGGGUGGAUUUCUAUUUCUGAACAUGCCUUCUAGAAAACAGAACUGCUUUCUAGUACCCUACUUCCUGUUCUACCAUACAAUUGACCUUCAGCACAGGAAGUGAUACUUGUACAACUAUUUUGUUUAGUUUUUGUGUCAU